UGCUCCUGCGUAAUCCAAUUGAGUUCUUAUAGCUGGAGUCUAAAAAUAGUCCAAAUUAACAGAACCACAGUAUAGACAGGUAACUACGUGUGAGUCCAGAGCGUUAUAUGCGAUGGAGAAAUGUGUUAUUUCCACGCUGUCGUGUGAUGGAAUUAUAGAUGGAUAGGUGAAAGUCCCCUGAUAGGCUAGACACAUUUGCCGACGGAGAGCACAGCCACAGGUGGAAUGCCAUGUGAUGCUUGAGAGGAUUACAUUCGAGCUGCAGGUAUUCUGAAGAAAUUAAGAGGGACUUCCGAUAUCGAAUUAAUUAAGGAUGGGCACGUUCGUGACCCUGGCGGAGGUGCUGGAGGCCCGGGGGUCACCUCUGGAGGAGGAUGAGGUAUGGUGUCUGCUACUGGGCACCGCCGAGGCCUUGAUGGAAAUCUCUCACAAAGGUCCUGGUAACAUGUGCAGUGUACUGAGCCCUGGCUCAAUGCUGCUGUCAGCCACUGGGAACCUUGCUUUUAAGAGCUGUCCCCGGUCAGAGAACCUUGGUUCCUUCACUGCUCCAGAGGUACAGGAGGGGCACGCUGCCUCCAACAGGACGGCCUCGGAGAAGAUGAUUGUAUAUUCCCUAGGAAUGACCCUCUUCUGGUCCGUUGAUUAUCAACUACCUCAAAACCAGCCCAUUCGGCUGAGUGACGACCUGAACAACCUCUUGCUGAGUAUGUGUGAGGACACGGUCCACAGGCGAGCAGAUCUCGUGACCGUGCUGGAGACCUGUGAACAGCACAUCAAGGCUGCUCAACUGCCCCCACCAGAGAAGCUCAUCAGACAGCUAGUACAAGAUGUCUUCAGGGACUCUGUUGAUCAUGUGUCCAUGGCUGAGAUUGGUCCUCAACUUACUGACCGGAGUCAGAUGGUCAGAGAGAGGCUUCACAGUCUCUCAGGAAGUGCCUCGUACCACAACUCCACCUGGGCGCUGAGAAACAGAAGCACCCCAACGUUCCAAGCUGAGCUCAGCAGAGGAAUUCCCCAAGGGUCACGUCACCGAGAGAGUUACUGCAGCUAUCAGUCACGUAGCCCCUGUAGCCCUUACCUGGAUGGCUUUCGCCGUGGCAGUGUCAGACCUGUACUUUACACAUAUCUAAACGAGUCCACGGUCAGUCUUAAUGAAAAGAAAGCCAAGGAUAUGGGUCCUGAGUUCAUUAGGAAGUUAGACGAGCCUCUGGUUGUCUUGGAGCUGCCCGGAUCCAUUGUGUCAAAGAAAGGGAAGUCUCCCUCCACUAUGAGGGAACUGAGUGUGGUCAUGCCAAACGGACAGAGCAUCCUGGUCAAGUGUGACGUCAAGUCAGGAGGAGGGGAUGUCUUUGAUAUGAUUGUCGCCCACUCCAAUCUGGUGGAACACUUCUACUUUGGCCUUGCUUACAUUGAUGAUCAUGAGUUCUUCUUCCUGGAAAAUGACACAAAGCUAUCCAAGGUCGCCCCCGACAGUUGGAAGAAAGUGCCUACCUCCACGUUUGUCCUUUUCUUCAGGGUGAAAUUCUUUGUCCACGACAUCUCUCUCCUUUUGCACAAACUGACUCGUCACCAGUACUACCUACAGCUGAGGAAGGAUAUACUGGAGGACAGGUUGGCCUGCCAUGAAGAGACAGGCCUAUAUCUGGGUGCCUUGGCUCUCCAAGCAGAGUAUGGAGACUGCAUGCCUGAGGUUUAUGGGAGGAACUACUAUCGACCAGACCAGUACGUUGCCAAGAGCGUCAUGGAAAAAAGAGCCUUGCCUUACCUAAAGGAGGAGUUACUACGGUUACAUGCCAAUAACUCCACGAUGAGUACCGACGAGUCCGAACUUGAGUUCCUAAAGGCAACCCAGCAGCUUCCUGAGUAUGGCGUUCUGUUCUACCGCGUGGGUCGCGAGAAGAAGCCAGUCAUCGGAGAGCUGAUCUUAGGAGUGUGUGCCAAAGGAGUCAUAGUGUAUGAGGUUAAAGAUGGCUCCCGCUCCACGAGUCAGACAUUCCACUGGCGGGAAACGGCCAGUAUUUCCUCCUCUCACCGUAAAUUUGUCAUCGAGAGCAGAGGGAGCAAGAAAAAGCACACCUUAGUCACAGAGAGAACCAAGACGGCCACGUACCUCUGCAACCUUUGCUCUGCCCAGCACAAGUUUCACAAUGAGAUGAACUCUCGCCAGCUCAGUCACAGUCUGGCCUCAGAGGACAGCAUAGUGCAGUAUGCGGCAGUGUGUCAAACAGCUGAGAACAGCCAUAGCCAGAUGAACAGCCAGAUGAGCCGGCGCUCUGUCUCUGAGACCAUACGGACAGACAGUGGUCCCACCACACCGCAGGACGACUCCAUGACCAAACUGUGUGAUGACAUUGCCGCCAAGAUCGAGGCGCGGAUCAAACAGCAGCGUGUCCUCCACGAGCAGGGCAUAGGGAGACCAUUGUCUGGGAACCUGUCACCAGCCCUGUCUCGUGGGUCUGGGAAGUGUGGGUCUGAGGCACCCUCCAUGUCUUCAGCAGCCAGAGAUACCCCAACAAAGAGUGUCAUACCAGAGAGAGAAGUCAUUUGUGUGUCCUUAAAGAGAGACCCAAAGCUCGGCGUAGGUAUUGUGAUAGUUGGAGAAGACACGGUGGGGAAGUACGACCUGGGUAUCUUCAUAGCAUCCAUCGUGCCGGGAGGACCAGCGGAUAAAGAUGGCCGCAUCAGACCAGGUGGGCGUCUGAUCUCUCUGAACCACACCAGUCUGGAGGGCAUGACCUUCAGUGAGGCUGCAGAGGUCAUGCAGAACAGCCCACGGGAGGUCGCACUCAUUGUGUCCCAGCCCAAAGUGUCCUUGACACCCAACAACGUGAGAUCUCCGCUAUUGAAGAACUACGAGUCCCAGACCACUUUGAUGACUGAUGUACACUCUGGGGAGGACGACCUGGAUGAGAUCGUGUCUGUCAUGUUGACGCCAAAGACUGGCAGUAGGCUGCAACUCCCUGACGUACGCAUCCUCAAUGCUCAGGAUGGCUGCAUCAGGGCUCCUUCCAUGAACUGCUUCAGGGGUGAUGAGAUCUCUGUAGAGCUAAAGAAGAAUGCUGGAGGAGGGUUAGGGAUCAGUAUCGCUGGUGGUGUGACCACAGGCCUGCGUCAUGGCGGUGUCUUCAUCAAAAGCCUAGUCUGUGGAGGGGCUGCUGAGCAAGAUGGCCGCAUCCAGCCAGGUGACAGACUGCUGGAAGUGGAUGGCAUCAGGUUUCAAGGGUUCACACAUCAGCAGGCUGUGGAAUGUCUGGCGAAAACAGGAGAGGUGGUGACCAUGGUCUUGGAGAGGGAGAACAUGGCCCUGCCCAGGGUGUCUCCAAGCCCAGACACAGGGCGCAGUCUCCUGGGGCGCAGCCUGUCCCCUCGGAGUGCCCACUUGGACAUCACCCAGAUGAGGAACAACAGCUGCCCCGCCAUCAUCACCCCCUUCUUCGUCAGGCCCAAGGACUACAGUUUUGUGUCUGACAAUAACACUCUGGAGGUGACCUUGAAGAAGAGCCAGAAAAGCUUGGGCUUCAGCGUCCUGGUCCCUGAGCUCAACCCCUCGAAAGGAGACUCGAGCAGUAGUCUUGUCCGGAUCAAGAAGCUUUUCCCUGGCCAGCCAGCGGAGGAGAGUGGGCGGAUCCAGGAGGGAGACGUCAUCCUGGCAGUUAAUGGAGAACCGCUGAAGGGAUUGUCCUACCAGAGGGUGGUAAUGCUGCUGAGAGGCUCUCCUCCUGAAGUCCGCUUGUCUCUGUGCCGUCCUGCUCCAGGAAUUCUGCCUCCCAUUGAAACAUUGCUUAGCACCUGAGUGAUGUAACAUCACAGUGCGUGAGCAGCAACGGAAGUUAUACAAGGGUUAUACUUCUUGAGAGACAGACAGGAGAUCUUCAAGGAGCAGGACACGUGGAGAUCUGUCCAGAGAAAAGAGCAGGACAGGUGGAGACGCAUCACUGCAUUCUAUGAGUCAGAGGUGUUGCGUGAGUCCCCCGGCAGACAAGAACCAACUGUGUUACGCAGGAGGCGCUGCUUAGGGCAACUCGUGAAGUGUGAAAAUGCUAAUGAUGGAAAUCUCUUUUUAUUUAGACGGAGCUACCGAAUGUAAUCUGGUGCAAAGUGACGACACCCCCGGAAAGCACAUGAAAACAUCUGUAAUAAACUUCACAUCUGACUGAUGAUACAUUCAUCGUUUUAAUGAACUCCUACCUCUGUUUAGUCAUAAACCUACUGUAGGAUCACACUGAUUCUGACAUGGGGCCUUAUAGCCACACUACAUGAUGGGAAGGCUACUCAGUGACAUCACCCUAAAUUAGUAGCAACUCAACCAUGUGGAGGUUUUGCUGUGACAAGCGGAAUGAACACACCUAUCAAUGGGGCAAGAAAUAGUGACAUUCAAUUCUGUUUUUGUUUCUGAAUUCUACAGUCUUAAACUCUUCUGAAUAUCAUCAGUGGUCUUGCCUUUGUGAGUGUGUUUUCGUAACUGGAGAACCCCCAAGUUAACCCACCGGGAGAUACAGUGGCUUGCAAAAGUAUUAACCCCCUUGACAUUUUUCCUAUUUUGUUGCCUUACAACCUGGAAUUAAAGUUGAUUUUUGGA